AAAAUACCGAUACAUUAUUAGCAACUACUGGUAUAUAGGUCUAUACAGGUUUCGACUGCAUUAUUAUGGUAACUCUUUUAUUCUGAAGGAACAUGGAUUUUAAAUUGCAAGGGAAAACCGCCGCCAUCAUAGGCGUAGAGGGCAGACUAGGUAAAGAGGUGGCCGUUCACUUUGCAUCUCUUGGAUGUUCCCUUGCUUUAGUAGGAAAGAAUCAAUCGAAGCUUGAUGACAUUGCCAGAGACUGUAUCAGUAAAGGACUUAUUUCAAAACAGGUCUUGGCAGUCCGGUGUGAUCUAAAUCAAGAAUCUGAUUUUGAGAAUAUAUUUUCUAGGAUUUCUGGCCAGUUAGGACCAUUGCACGUAUUGGUUAACUGUGAAGGAGCAAUAUCGUACGGACGAUUGUCUGAGCUGACGCCCUCAGCGAUCAAUGAUGCCAUGCAAGUCAAUACACUUACAACUGCCAUGGCAACGAAAGCGGCAACAUCGUACUUGGAGAAUACUCGCGGAGUGGUCAUCAAUAUUUCAUGCAGUUGUGCACAUCGAACGUCGCCCAGUCUACUCGCAUUCGGUAUGGCCAUGUCUUCAAUUAACUACUUCACGCAGUGUACAGCCAUAGAGCUUGCUCCUAAGGGAAUACGCGUCAAUGCUGUAAGUCCGUCAGUGGAUGUAUUUGAAAGUCUUUUGGACCCUCCUCCUGCUAAGCCGUACCAGGAACCUCGUAAAGCCCCACUCAACCAGUCUCCUCCUACCGUCGAUGACGUGCUCAAAACCAUCACUUUUCUCGCAUCAGACGAGAGUAGCUUUAUUACAGGCGAGAUUAUCUGUGUCGAUAACGGUCUUCAUAUCGCUGGGCUGCCCUUCUAGAAAUAAUGUUCUCAGUCUAUUUCAAAUUCAAAUAAUGUACUGAAAUAGAGUCAUGAUAUGAAUAGGAUUAUCAUUUCAAAAAAAGAAACAAAACAGAGCGAAACAAAAUAUAAAUAUGCUAAAUAGAAACAACCUCAAAGGCAAAGGCAGAUAUGGUUAUGAUUAUGAUUAUUAAAGUGUCUUUGGUUCUAUGAAAUUGGCUUAAUUCCAAGAAAUACAUUUACGUAGACAAAUACAGUGAAACCCGCUGUAAUGGCUGACAAUUGGAAACAUAAAAAAUGGCAAUUGUACACACGUGGCCUUUCUAGAGAGGAUCUCAAAUACAUUUUAAGGAAGAAAACGAUAUGACAGAGGUGGCCACUAAACAGGUUAGAUCGUAUAUGAAUUGACUGUUGGCAUCAUUAUGGAUAACAUUUUAUUAAUAAAAAUAGUUGUUAUGAUAAUGAUAAUGAUAAUGACUACUAUAGCUACUACUACUAUAAUAAUAAUGAUAGUAACGAUAAUGUAUAUAAAUAGCGUAUUUACCGCCAUAUAGUCAUGUUCAAAUGCGCUUUACAAUUAAAUUGUUAACAAAAGAA